GAGGUGAAUGCACUUUCAUAAGCGCGCAAGUGCGAGUGCACUUGCAACAUUUCGCAAUCUUCUACCCUACAAAGCACCUAAUCGGCACCCACUCAAACCUCACUUCAAUCUCCGCCGCUCACCGAAAUGGCCACCACUCCGUUCACCGCUCUGGCGAACAUUAGCUCGACGGUUUCGGGCUCAAGAACCCUACGCCAUUUCCAGCCUCUCAAGCCCUCAUCGAGUUCUCUCAAAUUACAAAAAUGCCCUCCGACGUCCGAAAUCUCAUCCUCCGCUUUCUACCGCGGCUCGUCGCGGCUCCUUCCCCUUUCUUCUUCUUCUUCCUUCUUCCAGAGGAGGACUGGGUUCGUCAGCUCCGUUCGAGCGGCUUCUCAGGAGCCGGAAUUGCAAUCUAAAGUCACCCAGAAGGUGUAUUUUGAUAUAAGCAUUGGGAAUCCUGAAGGAAAAUUGGUUGGGAGGAUUGUGAUGGGAUUAUAUGGUGAUGAUGUUCCCCAAACAGCUGAAAAUUUCCGUGCUCUAUGUACAGGGGAGAAGGGGAUUGGGUACAAGGGAUCCACGUUCCAUCGUGUCAUUAAAGAUUUCAUGAUUCAAGGAGGAGAUUUUGAUAAGGGAAAUGGAACCGGAGGCAAAAGCAUAUACGGCCGUACGUUUAAAGAUGAAAACUUCAAGCUGGCUCAUGUUGGCCCCGGGGUUCUUAGUAUGGCAAAUGCAGGACCCAACACCAACGGAAGUCAAUUUUUCAUAUGCACUGUCAAGACACCUUGGCUGGAUCAGAGGCAUGUUGUUUUCGGGCAGGUUUUGGAGGGCAUGGACAUUGUCAAGCUGAUUGAAUCACAACCAACCGACAGAGGUGACCGCCCAAAACAGAAGGUCGUGGUCAGUGACUGCGGUGAGCUUCCCCUGGUCUGAGCAGGAGUAGGAACAUUUGAAGAGCUCCUCCAGCUACUGUCAUUUCCCCCUUUCUUUUUCCAUUUUCACUAGCAGUGUCUUGAGCUACCAAUGCGUUUGGUCUGGACAUUCAACGGGAACUGAAUUAUGAAAUUUUCAAUAAAUGAGAAGCACGAUGUUGUUGAUGAGAAAAGCACAGACA